AUGGCGACCUCGAUCGAUACUGGCCAGCCGUUUACCAAACUUUGUGGCCGCUGCGCCGUGCUGCAGCUGGUAGACACACCAGUGGAUGGCAUCCCUGCAGGCCCCGAGAACCAAGAACGAGAGACUGACCUGGACUGGGAAGCCGAGCGGACUCCUAGCAGCUUGUACGAGGUCUUUGAUGGUUCUGAUUGCGAAUCAUGUGCCUUUUUCAAGCGAAUUAUCUUUUGGUGGGACAUUGAAGACAAACCACCGACUAUUUCGUCAGAGACAACCGUCCGUCUAUCACUCCACCAUGUUUUCGGUCCAGACGAUGCUCAUGGGUAUGGAUUGAGGGCUAUUCGCAUCAAACUCAGACAUGCAGUCGAGGAUGACAACACGUUGUCACAUGGACUCCGACCGCCUCUAUCCCACAUCAGUGAAGACACUGUACGCUGGAUGAAGUCUAAGAUGGAUUCAUGCGUGUCUCAUGAUCACAUUAAUCCGCAAAGAGCCUUCAUCCCCGACCGACUCAUUGAGGUUGAACCAGAUCGACUCCGAUUGGUCCUUACUAAAGAUAUGGCCAAGUCAGACUUAGAGAUCCCGCAUUAUAUCGCCCUCACGUACUGUUGGGGUCCUGAGCCACAUGCUAGUAAGCAACUGAAGACAACCAGCCUCAAUCUCUCGCAGCAUCUGGAGACAAUCCCAGAGCCCCUCUUGCCACAGGUAAUUCAGGACUCUGUGAGCCUGGCCAGGGCCUUGUCUAUCCCGUUUCUUUGGGUUGAUGCUUUGUGCAUCCUACAGGAUGUGUCUACAGACUGGGAGAAGCAGUGCGCAGUCAUGGAGCGUAUUUAUGGCAAUGCGUACGUCACAGUUGCCGCCGCUGCCUCCCUGAACUGCGAGCAAGGAUACCUCCAGAAAACCGACCGAGUCAUCAUCCCUCUGAACCCCCACCCCAGCAACAACGCUCUCGCCUUUGCCGUGUACUCUCCCCUCUACAAGGCUUCCACCGGAGAAGAGCUCGUCAUCAGCCCCUGGCUUGAGAGAGGAUGGACAUUCCAGGAACGCAUCACGGCAACCCGCCUGCUGAUGUUUUCCAAAAGAAACAUUCACUUCAAGUGUCCAUCAUUUAGUGAAUCGAUGGGAAGGAAUCAGGAUACAUAUGAUGCAGAUUUCCGCAUGCUUGGCCGCGAUAAGCUUACUCCCGACGACAAACUCCGGACCUACGAAGAGUGGGAUGAAACCAUUGCCCAGCUCAACCCUGACAGGGCCCAUUUCACUCGGGAAACGGAUCUUCUCCCUGCGGUUGCUGGCCUCGCAGCUCUAUUCCAGAAAGAGCUGGACGACGAGUAUCUGGCCGACGAAAUCAGUUACGAGGCCCUCCUACAAAGACUGGAAAACCCCUCUCCCUAUCUUGCUCCCUCGUGGAGCUGGGCUAGUCUACGCCGCUACUUCUGGUUCGACUUGAAUCAUCCAACUCUAAUGGCUGAUUGCCGACCUGAAUACACGGAUCUAGUGCCCAACAUCACCCCUCGCGGCUCAACCGUGUUUGGUGAAGUGAGCCAUGGCGCACUGAACAUGACGGCCAAGGUGUACGUCGGAACUCGGAAGAUAGUAUACAGACAGGUCUACCCGGCAUUUUCCGCACCGCAAGACGCUGUUCGGUUGGAUGGGGAGUAUUUCGCCCACAUCAAGACCGACUGCAUUGUUGAGGACUUCUUCGCGGCAUCGGAGAUCCCCGAACUCGUCACUCCUAUCAGUUUCUUGCUAAUUGGGAGCACGAUACGACGGAAUUCAGAUGCAAACUACUUCUCAUCGAGGCUUUCCGACAGCUCCUUGACACUUGGAGACGAUCACGAAGUGGCUUAUAGCCAUGCGUCAUCCGAUUCCGAGUCAACCAGUGCCCCGGAGUGGACGAGCGAGGAGGUUGAGGAUCCAGCUAAUAGAACGGCAUAUGGGUUACUCAUUCACCCCACGGGGAAUCCAGACGAGUACUAUCGGGUUGGAACGUUUCUUUCGAAACCUUUCAGAUCCGGAGGUCUAUCAUUCUUUAACAAUCUCGAGCCCAGGCGAGUUAGACUUGUAUAA